AUGUAUCGUCAAGCGCAGAGGGUCUUGCGUCGACACGUGGAUUUGGUGUGUGCGGGAAGGCGGUCACUCGCCUGUCCACCAGUGAGGUGUAAAGAUGGGUGCGGUGUGCGUGGCAGCACCAAAUGCUUCUCGUCGUUGAACCACGAGGAAGUGAGCCGGCACUCGGCAGAGAUUGAGGCGGUACUGCGCCUGCAGCCCAAAGUACUCACUGCUGCCACUGUCAAACCCACGGCUGAGAUUCGUCAGGUACGUUCCCUCCCGAAAGGUGUAGGUAGGUAA